AAUAUGAAAACAUGACAAAAAAAACCAAAAAUUAUCUACAGUUAAACUCAGAAAAAUUGUGCAACUUAUUCGAUAUUUGUUCCUUUGGCUCCCAUAUCAGACAGUUCAGUUAUUAUUAUUAUCAUUUCUCUUUCCAAUACUUUGUCUAUUUGUGGGGCUCUACUGGCUUAUCGUACACACCCACACACACACGCACACACACGCACGCAUCCCUACAUAAAUACAUUUUGCGAAAUGACGCGCGGGUUUUUCCAAUGCAGCUCCAUUUAAUUGAAAUAGUCGUUCUCCGCUUCUCUCUAUAUCAUAUGAUCUUAUAGAUAAGGUGCUGCAGCGCGUGGCACAUGUCGUUCCCCAUGUGGCGCUAACAAUUGAUUGAUUGAUUGAAUAAAAGAACCAAUUGCAUUUCUGUUUGGGUAAAACCCGCAAGAUACUAAUGGCAACCUAAAUAUAUAUUAUAAUAGCUUCUCUGGUUUAAGAUUGAGCUUUCAAAACAAGACUCUUAAAUUUACUUUGUGCUUUUCUUCUCGUCUUGGGCAUUAAGAAUUUGCUUAACACUCAGAACAUAAUACUAAGAACUUACUUAAUAGUCACUGUCUUAUCGUUAAAAACAACUUUAUCCCGUAUUCUUAAGUGCACAGUGGAUAAAUAUAUCGUAAGCCAGCUAAUCAGCUUAACUUGUGAACUUAACUCUUACGAGUGAAAGCUCGUGAGCGGAAUGUCAACUGUGAGUUCUUUUUACUCAAUGGCUGUAUGCUUAGCUUUCGCACUGUGCCUAGUCUUAAUCGGGCUGGGUCUUGCAUUUCCAGUUGAAAGUUGGACCGAGUACAAUGGGAAGUAUACAAAAUACCGGAUGGAUUAUUUCGUUCGCAUUCUUCGCAGCUUAUGUGCUGACUAUGACUGAUUGUGGAGUACUUGAGAAUUCCGGUCAACCACAAAUAAUUCAAUUGUCAGUGGGUGAACGGUGUCCGGAAAAGAUUGGACACCCCGCUAGCACUUGCCAAAUAGCCGAAAGCUGUACCACAUUGGUUGCCUACAAACAUCUAGAGUAUUCUGUGACAGUUUGCGGCUUCGUUUCACAUUCUGGCCAGGAGACGGUCUGCUGUCCUGAUCCUGUCGAAACCACCAAGCCCGCGCCACCAUCACCAGCACCAACAACGGAAAUAAUUCCAGUUCAAAUGUCAUCACAUCUGGCGUCGCUCGGUUACUAUUCGGCGAAUACUCAAGACGAAAUUGUGUACCGCUGCACGGCGAUUAUCCUGUCGCCGACCCAAUUGCUGGCGACAACCAAAUGCCUGGGCGCAAAAAUAUAUGAGAAGCCCAACAGAGUCCUAGUGGGUGUUACAGACCCAAGCAUCUCCCUUGGUUCGGAGCUAGAGUUUGAGCUUACGAAAGGGGCUAACAAUGAUACAAGGGUUUCCAUAAAGUAUAAAUAUUCCGGAUGUGCUUCAACAGACGAGUCGAUCGGGUCAUGUCUGUUCCUUUUCAGACAGAAGGAGAGUUAGAAAUGUCGAAUAUAAGUUCUUG